CACUUUGACUCGAGUUAUAGAAGAUAAAUGCUCUUUUACUUUCUCUCUCUCUCUCAGACUCUCAGCACAGGAGAAAUGGCAGAAGCCAGUAUUUCAAUUCCUCAGGAGCAUUUUUCUUGUUCGAUCUGCCUGAAUCUGCUGAAGGAGCCAGUGACUACUCCAUGUGGACACAGUUUCUGCAUGGUGUGUAUUAACAGGUUUUGGGAUGAGCAAAAUCAGAAGAAAUCCUACAGCUGUCCACAAUGUAGAGAGACAUUUGCUCCAAGGCCUAUCCUUCGUAAAAGCAACAUGCUGACUGAGAUUACUGACCUACUGAAGAAAAGUGACCAGCAAACCUCUUUGAUCAACACUUUAGACAUCAUCUCCAUUGAAUCUCAGGACGUGGAGUGUGAUUCCUGCAUUGGUGUGAAAGAGAAAGCUGUGAAGUCCUGCUUGACAUGUCUGGCUACAUACUGCGAGACACAUGUUCAGCCUCAUCUUGAAUCUCCUGCUUUCAAGAAGCACACUCUGGUCGCAGCCUUGAGUAACCUUCAGGAGAAAAUGUGUGCUGAACAUAACAAGCUUCUUGAAGUUUUCUGCCGUGACGAUAAGAGAGUGAUUUGCUACCAGUGUUCAAAAGAAAAUCACAGCGAUCAUGAUACCAUCCCAGUUCAAGAUGAAUGGAUUGAAAAAAAGAAAUACAUCGAGGAUAUACAGCAAAAACAUCAGAACAGACUUGAGAGCAGAGAGAAGAAAUUGCUGGAGCUAAAGGAAGUGACAGAGGCAUAUAAGCAAUGUGUACAGGAAGCAGUGGAGGAUAGUAAGAGGAUCUUUGCUGAGCUGCUUGUCUCCUUCGAGAAAAGACAAUCUAAGGUGACCGAAAUGUUGAGAGCUGAAGAGAAAACUGAACUGGCCCAAACUGUAGGAGUGGAAAAGCAGCUGGAACAGGAGAUUGCGAGUAUUAAGAAAAAACAAACUGAACUGGAAAAGCUUUCACAGACCAGCGGAUACAUCCAUUUCCUUCAGAGGUUCCAGUUCCUGAGUCCUGCACUAGAAAUUUCUGACUCUUUUAAGUUCACUCUCAAUCACCAGUGGUCCUUUGAGAAUUUUAAAAAAUCUAUCAUCCAAAUCAAGGAGGACGUAGAAGACAUUUGCAAGGAAAAGGUGGAGAAAGUUUCUGAAAACGCAUUGAUCUUCAACCAGAUCAUUAUAAUACCUGAGCCAGAGACCAGGGAGGAAUUCCUGAAAUAUGCUUGUGGGCUAUCUCUUGAUCCCAACACAGCAAAUAAUUACCUUGAGCUGUCAAACGAUAACACACAAGUGAAAUGUGUUCAAAAGUCCCACGAAUACCCUAAUCAUCCCGAGCGAUUUACCGACUGGCAGCAAGUGCUCUGUAACCAGAAAGUUCCUCUGCGUAGUUACUGGGAGGUUGAGGUAGAUGGUGAAACUGGAGUUUCCAUUGCUGUGUCUUAUAAAGACAUCAGCAGAAAAGGAUCUAAAAGUGAGAGUCGUUUUGGACACAACGCUCAAUCAUGGAGAUUAGUUCGAUAUUCUAAAAAAAACUACUGCUUCUGGCACGAUGAUACCAAGAUUGAAAUCUCAAGUCCAAAAUCCAAAAGAAUUGGGGUUUAUCUGGAUCAAAAGGCUGGAAUUCUGGCCUUCUACAGUAUUUCUGACAAAAUGAAUCUAAUUCAUAAAGUCUCAACAGCAUUUACUCAGCCCCUGUAUGCUGGGUUUGGGAUUGGUAGCAACUCCUUUGCAAAUAUUUGCCUUCAACCAUCAGCAGUUAGAACUGCGGUUGCUGCUGCUGAGAGUUGUUCAAAAAUAAAAAAAUGAGUUGUUCUCAUCAAAGAUACAAUUAAAAAAAAUUGGAAAUUUAAAUCUAAUCUAAAAUUAGUCCUUUUGAAGAGCUUAGCAUUUGCCUAUAGAUUUACUGUCUAAAAAUCAUAUCCAUUUUUAUCUUAGAAAAAAGAAACUAGAUUCAUAACCUGCACCUCUAUUCUUGCAAGUAUUCUUACAAUCCAAGUGCUUAAGCUUCUCUGCAACAAAUGGAAGGAUAUUAUAGUAAUGCUCCCAUGAUCCUUUGACUCCGAAGCAAGUUUCCUACCCCUAACCCCCACCCUGUUCAUGCCCCUCGAGGGCAGCUUUACCAUGACUGUGUUUCAUAACUUGUACAACAGAUAUAAUUAUGAUGAAGCCCAGUCUUAUUUGUUUUGUUAUUAUAUAAGAUUUUAGCUGUAACAUUUAGCUGUAACAUCAGAAUGAACUCAUUGUAAUCAAAUUAUAUUGUACUAAAACUUUGUAAUCAUUCAUUUGUAACAAAUAAAAGUGUGUGAUCAUUU